UUAUUUAUUGAACUUCAUGAAAAUAAUAUUCUUUUUCAUUUUAUUUUAUUUUAUUGAGUGUAUGUAAGAAAAGUAAAAUAGAAAGAAAAAAAACCGGAAGAACUGGAAUAGGAUCUGAUUUGUUGUCCUCCUUCCUUCACCUGGCCUUGUCCCUACAAAACGCAGAUCAGCCGAAUUGAAACGACAAUAGUGAUUGGAAUUUCUCAGUAAGAGGCCAUAUCUGUGCCUGAUGUCCAUCCGACCUUCUCAGAUUUACAAUGGAACUUCAUGAUCUUCUGGCACGAUGUUUGUCAAUGAUCAUCACAGUGAUACUAAUUGCUAGGAUCAGUUCAUGUCUUGAUACUGCAGUAUUAAGUGAAGUCCAUGCACCUUAUGUUGAUAAUUAUGUGGCAAAAUCCUACUUUAACAAACAUGACAAUUUGGUAGAUUCAAAGUUUGAAGAUUUCAUUGAACAUAACAUACUGUCCGGUGCAUGUAUAUCACUGCAAGGCAAUGUUGAAUUUUCACCAAAGCUGUCUGCUUUACAUGGAAAGCUGAUUGGUGAAGGCUCCCAUCGGCGUCUGUCAUCAACUCUCAGAUUGAGGAUGUCAUCAGAGUCCAUUUCUAGGCCUCCAAAAUCUUGUGAGGUGAUAAUUGUUGAAAGACUGCCUUCCGGAGUCUUUGCGGAUCCUUUUGAGCUACAACACCUUGUGCAGCGUGGUGUUUUCAGGGAUGCUGCUGUAUUUGGAGAUACAAAUUUAGAGUUGCCUUCUUUUCUGUCAAACCGCUCGCUUGUUGAGGUUCAUCUGGAAGUGGGUACCAAUUUAACUUCACAACAGAAGGAUGAAGUGGAAAUACACAUGGAACUUCCUCUGCAUGCACGCUAUCAGCCACUAGGACAUGGAUUCUCAAGAGUUGAAUUUGCUUCACCUGACUUGUUUUUGCGCUGCAAUGUUGAAAGAAAAGAACAUGACACGAGCUGUUUGUUUCUGCUAGACAAACAGAAUGCUGAAUCAGUUGAUACUCACCCUGUGUGGGAAGUACCAUGUGGAAAUAGAGAACACACAGAAGUUGUAGCUGCUUUUACUUUCAUCUCAGCUGUUGUAUCAGCUCUUCUCAUUAUUGUUGCCUCAAUUAGGUAUUCUGAUAACACAGCAAGUAAUGUCUUAAAACAAUCAUGAGUAGAUGAUAAAUAUAGCAAUUUUUUUCUUUCCCCUUUUUGGACUAACCAUUGGCAAGAGAACCUCAAUUAAUGUUAGGUAACCUUUAUUAGUU